GCCCGCGGCGCCGCGCGGCGGGCGCCCAGCUUUCUGCGCUCCGGGCCGGCCAGACGUGGCGCGGUCUCAGCCACCUAGCCUAAGAGAGCCCCCUGCAAGGAUGGGCGUGGCCAGGAGGCGGGACUUCUUCAGGGCCACUCUCACGGUCAGCUGGCUCCUCGUGGUCCACCUCCCCAGGUUCACAUCCACAGUGGUAGCCGAGUGCCCCGACCAGAACCCAGAGCUGCAGCCCUGGAACCCAGGCCACGACGAAGACCACGAGGUAUACAUCGGCCAGGGCAGGAAGCUGCUGCUCACCUCCUCAGCCACCGUCCACUCCAUCCGCAUCUCAGAGGGAGGCAAGCUGGUCAUCAAGGACCACGAGGAGCCCAUUGUGCUGCGGACCAGGCACAUCCUGAUUGACAGCGGCGGGGAGCUGCAUGCUGGGAGCGCUCUCUGCCCGUUCCAGGGCAACUUUAGCAUCGUCUUGUAUGGAAGGGCUGAUGAGGAUGUGGAGCCGGAUCCUUACUUUGGCCUGAAGUACAUCGGCGUGGACAGAGGAGGCACCCUGGAGCUGCAUGGGCAGAAAAAGCUCUCCUGGACGUUUCUGAACAAGACCCUCCACCCCGGGGGCAUGCAGGAGGGAGGCUAUUUUUUCGAAAGGAGCUGGGGCCACCGCGGAGUCAUCGUGCAUGUCAUUGACCCCAAAUCAGCCACCGUUGUUCACUCCGACCGGUUCGACACCUACAGAUCCAAGAAAGAGAGCGAGCGCCUGGUUCAGUACUUGAACGCGGUGCCCGACGGCAGGAUCCUCUCGGUGGCGGUGAAUGACGAGGGUUCCCGAAACCUGGACGACAUGGCCCGGAAGGCGAUGACCAAACUGGGAAGCAAACACUUCUUGCACCUGGGAUUCAGACACCCUUGGAGCUUUCUCACCGUGAAAGGAAAUCCCACUUCUUCCGUGGAAGACCAUAUUGAAUAUCACGGGCACCGAGGAUCCGCAGCUGCCCGGGUGUCCAAACUAUUCAAGACAGAGCACGGCGAGUAUUUCAACGUGUCUUCGUCCAGCGAGUGGGUUCAAGAUGCGGAGUGGACAGAAUGGUUUGACCACGAUAAAGUGUCCCAGACCAAAGGCGGGGAGAAGAUUUCCGACCUCCGGGCGGCUCACCCAGGGAAGAUCUGCAACCGCCCCAUUGAUAUCCAGGCCAUGACGAUGGAUGGGGUGAGCCUCAGCCCCGAGGUGGUGUACAAGAAAGGCCAGGAUUAUAGGUUCGCUUGCUACGACCGGGGCCGGGCCUGCCAGGGCUACCGUGUGCGAUUCCUGUGCGGGAAGCCUGUGAGGCCCAAGCUGACCGUCAUCAUCGACACCAACGUGAACAGCACCAUCCUGAACUUGGCGGACAGUGCAGAGUCGUGGAAGCCCGGGGACACCCUGGUGGUCGCCAGCACCGAUUACUCCAUGUACCAAGCCGAAGAGUUCCAGGUGCUACCGUGCAGAACGUGCACCUCCACCCAGGUCAAAGUGGCAGGGAAGCCCAAGUACCUGCACACCGGGGAGGAGGUAGACGGCGUGGACAUGCGUGCCGAGGUGGGGCUCCUGAGCCGGAACAUCGUGGUGCAGGGAGAGAUGGAGGAUGAGUGCUACCCCUACAGCAAGCACAUCUGCCACUUCUUCGACUUCGACACCUUUGGGGGCCACAUCAAGUUUGCUCUGGGUUUUAAGGCGGCUCACCUGGAAGGCGUGGAGUUGAAACACAUGGGGCAGCAGCUGGUGGGUCAGUACCCAGUCCACUUCCACCUGGCUGGGGACGUGGACGAAAAGGGAGGCUACGACCCGCCCACCUACAUCAGAGACCUGUCCAUCCACCACACCUUCUCUCGCUGCGUCACCGUCCACGGCUCCAACGGCCUGCUGGUCAAGGACGUGGUGGGCUAUAACUCCUUGGGCCACUGCUUCUUCACGGAAGACGGGCCCGAGGAACGCAACACCUUCGACCACUGCCUGGGCCUCCUGGUGAAGGCGGGGACGCUCCUCCCCUCGGAUCGUGACAGCAAGAUGUGCAAGAUGAUCACAGAGGACUCCUACCCCGGCUACGUGCCCAAGCCCAGGCAGGACUGCAACGCCGUGUCCACCUUCUGGAUGGCCAACCCCAACAACAACCUCAUCAACUGUGCCGCAGCGGGAUCGGAGGAAACGGGAUUUUGGUUCAUUUUCCACCACGUCCCGACGGGUCCCUCGGUGGGCAUGUACUCCCCGGGUUACUCCGAGCACAUUCCGCUGGGGAAAUUCUACAACAACCGGGCACAUUCCAACUACCGGGCUGGCAUGAUUAUAGACAACGGGGUCAAAACCACAGAGGCCUCGGCCAAGGACAAGCGGCCCUUCCUCUCCAUCAUCUCCGCCAGAUACAGCCCUCACCAGGACGCCGACCCGCUGAAGCCCCGGGAGCCGGCCAUCAUCAGGCACUUCACGGCCUACAAGAACCAGGACCACGGGGCCUGGCUGCGCGGCGGGGACGUGUGGCUGGACAGCUGCCGGUUCGCCGACAACGGCAUCGGCCUGACGCUGGCCAGUGGUGGCACCUUCCCGUACGACGACGGCUCCAAGCAGGAGAUCAAGAACAGCUUGUUCGUGGGCGAGAGUGGCAACGUGGGCACGGAAAUGAUGGACAACCGGAUCUGGGGCCCCGGCGGCCUGGACCACAGCGGAAGGACCCUCCCCAUAGGCCAGAAUUUUCCGAUCAGAGGGAUCCAGUUCUACGACGGCCCCGUCAACAUCUUCAACUGCACUUUCCGAAAGUUUGCGGCCCUGGAGGGCCGGCACACCAGCGCCCUGGCCUUCCGCCUCAACAACGCCUGGCAGAGCUGUCCCCACAACAACGUGACCGGCAUCACCUUUGAGGAUGUCCCGAUUACUUCCAGAGUGUUCUUCGGAGAGCCGGGGCCUUGGUUCAACCAGCUGGACAUGGAUGGAGAUAAGACGUCCGUGUUCCACGACGUGGAUGGCUCGGUGUCCGAGUACCCUGGCUCCUACCUCACCAAGGACGACAACUGGCUGGUCCGGCACCCCGACUGCAUCAACGUGCCCGACUGGAGAGGCGCCAUCUGCAGUGGGCGCUAUGCACAGAUGUACAUCCAGGCCUACAAGACCAGUAACCUACGAAUGAAGAUCAUCAAGAAUGACUUCCCCAGCCACCCUCUGUACCUGGAGGGGGCCCUGACCAGGAGCACCCACUACCAGCAGUACCAGCCGGUCAUCACGCUGUACAAGGGCUAUACCAUCCACUGGGACCAGACGGCCCCCGCCGAGCUCACCAUCUGGCUCAUCAACUUCAACAAGGGCGACUGGAUCCGGGUGGGCUUCUGCUACCCACGGGGCACCACCUUCUCCAUCCUCUCCGACGUUCACAAUCGCCUGCUGAAGCAAACGACCAAGACGGGCACCUUGGCCAGGACCCUGCAGAUGGACAAGGUGGAGCGGAGCUAUCCCGGACGGGGCUACUACUACUGGGACGAGGACUCCGGGCUGCUCUUCCUGAAGCUGAGAGCUCAGAACGAGAGAGAGAAGUUUGCCUUCUGCUCCGUGAAAGGCUGCGAGAGGCUCAGGAUCAAAGCUUUGAUCCCCAGGAACGCGGGUGUCAGCGACUGCACGGCCAGCGCCUACCCCAGGUUCGCCGAAAGGGCCGUGGUGGACGUGCCCAUGCCCAAGAAGCUCUUCGGUUCCCAGCUGAGGUCGAAGGACCACUUCCUGGAGGUGAAGAUGGAAAGUUCCAGGCAGCACUUCUUCCACCUUCGCACCGACUUCGCGUAUAUUGAGGUGGAUGGGAGGAAGUUCCCCAGCUCCGAAGACGGCAUCCAGAUAGUGGUGAUCGACGGUGGCCUCGGGCACGUGGUGAGCCACACGAGUUUCCACAACUCCAUUCUGCAGGCCAUUCCAUGGCAGCUCUUCAGUUACGUGGCCGCCAUCCCUGACAAUUCCAUAGUGCUCGUGACAUCGAAGGGAAAAUACAGCUCCAGGGGCCCGUGGACCAGAGCGCUGGAGAAGCUGGGGGCAGACAAGGGCCUCAAGCUGAAAGAAAAAAUGGCGUUCGUCGGCUUCAAAGGCAGCUUCCGGCCCAUCUGGGUGACUCUGGACACCGAGGACCACAAGGCCAAAAUCUUCCAAGUGGUGCCCAUCCCUGUGGUGCGGAAGAAGAAGCUGUGAGCACAGCGGCCACCCUGGCACCGCCCCGCGGUGGAUUGUGCUGCCAGACGGGCAUCCAGGGCCGGACGGCGGUGGGCUCCCCUGUCCAGUGGCUGCUGGGGGAGGCCAUGCGCCAGCCCUGGUGGGCCAAGGGAAGGAAUCAGAGACCCCCCGGUGCUGCCAGCUGCCCCAUGAGUCUCUACCUGCAGCCCCGGGGCAGCGCUGGCCUCUCCUGAACCCCUUCUCUUUCCUGCAGUCUCUUGGGUGCUUCUCACCGACCUGUGCCUCUUCACCGGGGAGCAGAGCCCCUAUAAGGAGGCCUGGCUCGGCUAGGAGGGGGCCUGGUGGGUGGGCUGGGCCACAUACAGGUCCCCGCGGCCUCCAGUGGAUACCUUAGGGUGGUAGAUGUAAGAAAGAGAGCCUGGCCCUAAGGAAAUCUUGGUUCCUGUGAGCUGAAGCCACCUCCGUGGAUCCCAGAAGUCUGUGGCUUCCCUCACUGUCCACGGAGCCCAGCAGCAGAGGCCACGCUUUGCGGCUGGCGUCCACGAUGCUGGGUGUCCCUGGGGGUGAGGGCUGAUGCCCCACAUGGGGGGCUUGCGGUCGGCAGGGUGGGCGGGGGGCCCACGUGCACGCUGAUACUGGACGGAGAAAUCAGAGAGGUGAAGGGAGGGAAAGACCACUCGCGCUCAGGUGGGUCAGGAAGGCUUCUCGCAGGAGGAGGCCAGGGUGACUGCAGGCACAGAGGGCAGAGGGCGUUUUGAGCGGCAAGGCGGCCCCGAGCGUGGUUUGGAGGCUGGGCCCUUCCUAUCAGCACCUGCCAAGGCCGGCGCCCGCGGGGUCACCCUCGGCCCUUGGUCCCCAACCGGCCCCGGCCUCCGACUCUCAGAUAAGGUGGAGUCCUGCCAGGACCCCGUUUGCUCUCCGUCCUGGGACCUGGGUGGGUGCAGACAGGCCCCAGGAGCCACACACGAUCCUGGCAGGUGUGGGCUGGGGUGGGAGGCUCUAAGGAAAGGUUCGGUCCAAAGCCUGCCUUUGACAGCUGGCGAGGAAAUGGGUGAGACCUUGACAUGGGAAGGCACCACCAGCCAGGGCACAGCCCCAGCAGCCCCGCUGCAGCCUGGGCCGCCCCACUGCACCAGGGGCACAGCCCUCCUGCAGCCGCUUCCAGGAAGGCCAGUGACAAGUACCCGGCACAGGUGGACAGCUGGCCUGGGACAGGCUCCCUCCUGCUCCUCUGUGCACUGUCUUGGGGCAAGCGGUCACUGCCACCCUCGCCUGGUUAUGCCACCUGCCAGCUCUCAGCUGCCCCCACCUGGUCACGCACAGUCCCCUCGGUUUCUGCGAUGCUGCAGGUGCCACCCAGUGGUGGCUUGUGUGUGUGGGGGGGAGUGGGGGUGGGCCCGUCCCAUCGCUGGUGGUCAAACGCGGCCGCCCUCGGGGGGUCUGAAGAGUCGCUGGGUGCCCCCUACCCCCUGCCCUUUUGGUUAUUUCUCCAGACUCUCGCUCCUGGAAGAGGGAGAACUCUACCUGUGGUUUUAUCCUCUCCCGUGAGGCGCCAGGGUCUCCCUGGGUCUCCUGACCAACGACCUUUGACCUCUUUCUCGCCCCAGCCACAGACACUUUCCUUCUAAGAGGGCUCCCUGGGCUCAUACUUCUGGGCUGCGCCAAGGAGACGCGGCCCGCAGGCUGCGUGAAGUGUCAGAGAGGCCUCUGGGAGGGGGCCCUGGGACUGUGGCUCCUGGGACGGGGCCUUGUCCAAGGCCAACGGUCACCGCAGGGACCUUUUCCAGGGAGAGGGGCGGUGACCUCACGUCCUCCCUGUCUGCACUUCUGCUGAGUUUCCAGACUCCGCCAGCCCAAGGCUCUCAAGCUGUGAACCACGUAGGAUGUGAUCACUUUCAGAUGCUCGGGAAUGCUGGCUUGGCUCAUUCCAAAAAAAAAAAAAAAAAAAAUUGUCUCUUGGAAGUUCCCAGAGGUGUGCGUGUAUGUCAUGGGACAGGAUCUGGACCGGUGCCAUCCUGCCUGGACCAUUCACCGGGAGCCCAUGUCCAGGCAUCCUCUGGGUAGCACGGACGCGCAUAUUGGCUAGAAAACUGUUCUUCUACUUGUGUGUGUAACGCUCCAGUGAGCUGGGUGCCCAAGAAACCGGCAGCCCUCUGAAACACUGGCCUCUUUCCACCCAUCGGCACCGCUGGCUGUGUUCUGGGGAGUUCGGAUGUUGUGUGUUGUGUGUAAACAUUUCCGGGAGGCGUCACCAUGGACAGAGAUAUAUUUUCUAUUUAUUUAUUAUCUAUGCACUUCGAGAAGUCGCUGUCAGAGAAAUGAAGAAUGAAUUGUCUUAAAUCUCGCGCGCGGCAGGGGAGGGGGGUGGGCGAGGGUCCCCGAAGCCACGCGCCGUCCCUUCCCGUGUGGAAACUCUUGCCGUGUCAUAGUAAACAUUACAAGUCGUCAUCCUGCCUGCUUGUUUCAUUUUCCGUCCGCGCGCCUCGCUCUGAGCCAGUCGUCCAAGGAAAACGAGACCGCACCAACCACCCGCCCCGUCCAGUCUGCCUCUCUUAACGCCCAUGGCCUGGGUCUCAGGAGCUCCCUCGGCCCGCCCCCCAGGAGGCAUUCUUAGGAGUAGGUGGAGACGCCCUGGAGAUAGCACAGGGGUCACACCUGUCACCAGCCACGUCUAGAUCAUGCUAUGUCCCCCUGCCGUCAGUAGCUGUCAGUUCAACCCAUUCCCCUAGGCCUGCGACCCCAGCUGGGCCCCAGCACCCAGAGCUCUGGUUACCUCCCACUGUCCCACGAGCUUCCCACCUUGGCCCCCAGUGCGGAAGACAAGUCCAAAGAAAAUACAGUCUGUGUACAGGGAACAGAAAGGGUGUGAGAAGAAAACACAAGAGUGGCCACGGGGCCUCGGGCCAUGCGACAGCAGCUUAGCGGUUCCGGGAGUCACAGCACACAGAGGAAGACCCGCAGAUCUGACAAAGAAGGCAAAUGAGACCACACGCCUCCCGCCGGGCUGGCACCCAGACCCUGGCGGCCUUGGGAGGAGCGCCUUUUCCCUCCCAAGGCUUCAAGAAACCUCUUGAACUUCCACCAUCGGAAGGAACUCGGACCCCCACCUGCUGCCAAAGCAUACACACAAACACACGGGCACACACAGAGACACAGACACACACACACAUGCACACACGGACACACAGCUACAGAGGCACACGCAUGCACACAAAGGCACACAGAGAGACACAGA